AUGAAAUUCGGCCACAGCUACGUGAGCACCCUGGAGAAUGAGGGCUUCCCCUCGCAGUGGGUGCGCUCUGCGAUCUCGUAUCGCCAGCUCAAGAAGUGCAUCAAGCGCGUGCAGAGCGAGCUGCUCUCGCUGGGGCUCAGUCCCGAUGUGCUCAAUCGCUUCUGGCUCGAGGACGACGGUUUGUCUGAGGGUGACGACCAUAGCGCGUUAGCUCGUGUGGGCUUUGCAUAUUCGCUCAGGGAAUGUAAAUCUUCUGCUUCCCUGCGCCCCGUGCUGACGUUCGCCAUGGGCCCGGACGACAAACCUCCCAGCGACCUACUUCCCUAUCCCGCCAUCGCGCACACAGACGCCACCUCCAUCACCACUAACAGCAGCAGGAGCAGCACCAGCAGUACCAACCCCUGUACCAGCAACUGCGACAAGUCCUGCACCACGAAAACUGACACCGAAGCACCCUACCAAUCCGUACAGAUCCCCCUCUCCUCCGACUCAGAAUUCUUCCGCCUGCUCAGAACCGGGCUCUCCAACCUCGAAGACCUGCAGGCCCACGAGAAAAGAGACCUCGACAACCAGGUCGUCCUGCUCCGUGACAGCAUCGUCGAGGUCACGAGUCCUUCGUCUAAGAAGGCCGACCAGGCCGCCAUCUAUGCCUGGCGCGAGGUCUUCCGCAUCUACAUGGAGAUGCAGGUCUUCUUCUCCACUGGCGAAGUAGACGGCGGCGAGCGUUCGUCGGAAGUCGCCCGCCACCGCCUCGAGGCCUUCCAGACGCAACUAGUCAAAGAACACCACGCCAAGAAGCUAGGGCGCAACGGCCGGCGCAUCCUGGAGACGUUUAUGCAUAUCAACCUAGCGGUGCUACAGAAUCUAAGGUUCCAAGAAAUCAACGGCAUGGCGUUGAACAAGAUCCUGAAGAAGUUCGAUAAGCAGACUGCCCUACAUGCCCGAUCCGCCUUUACACAUACAGGACCGUUCUCGGCCCAGAGCCUGUCCAGGUCCGUCUGCCAGGCUAUCACAGAGCAGAUACUCGUCGUCGUGCCCCAGCUAGACGACUACCUAUGUCCGGUCUGCUUCACCAUCUCGUUCAAGCCGGUGAAGCUAAAGUGCUCCCACGUCUUCUGCAUCCGAUGUCUGAUCAUCAUGCAGCGUGCGCAACAGGACCACUGUCCCAUGUGCCGAGCGCAAGUCGUGAUGGAGGCAACAAGUAAAAACCUGGACCACAAGCUUCUCGAUUUCCUGCAGGCUUCCUUCCCCAAGGAAACAAAGGCCAAACAGAGGGAGAACGAGCGCGCCGCCAUGGUGGACGUGUACGGCGAGCCAGCCGAGGCUUGCAACAUGAUGUAA